UGUCACUAGGGACUGGGGCUGUCUCCAAUGCUCCAGUGAAGUUUAAAUCACAUAGAGCUCUACCGAUUCUCAGUUUGCAUCCUCCUCUUGUCUCCUCUCACUCUCCGGCGCUGAGCUCCCACUCUCUCAUUCUCUCUCCUCCUUCUUCUCCUCCUCCACCUCUUUGCCUCUGACACUGUCUCUCUGAGUCAGCCUUGUGAGGACUCUUGUGAAAGUUUUAUUCUAACCCUCUGUAAAAAAAGAACUUUUCAACAAAAGACAGACUUCAAUUUUUGCUCUCUCUAAGACAUCCAAACCCACCCAUCACCAUGGAGGCCAUCAAGAAGAAGAUGCAGAUGCUGAAGUUGGACAAGGAGAACGCCAUCGAUAGGGCAGAACAGGCUGAGACCGACAAGAAGGCGGCAGAGGAUAAGUGCAAGCAGCUGGAGGAUGAGCUUCUUGCUCUGCAGAAGAAGCUGAAAGGAACAGAGGAUGAACUGGACAAAUACUCGGAGGCCCUGAAGGAUGCUCAGGAGAAACUGGAACUGGCUGAGAAGAAGGCCACAGAUGCCGAGGGAGAUGUGGCGUCGCUGAACCGCAGGAUCCAGCUGGUGGAGGAGGAGUUGGACCGCGCUCAGGAGAGACUGGCCACAGCUCUGCAGAAACUGGAGGAGGCCGAGAAGGCUGCGGACGAGAGCGAAAGAGGCAUGAAGGUGAUUGAGAACAGAGCCAUGAAAGACGAGGAGAAAAUGGAGAUUCAGGAGAUGCAACUCAAAGAAGCUAAACACAUCGCUGAGGAGGCAGACCGCAAAUAUGAGGAGGUGGCUCGUAAACUGGUAAUCCUGGAGGGUGAGCUGGAGAGAGCAGAGGAGAGGGCAGAAAUAGCAGAACUUAAGUGUGGUGACCUGGAAGAAGAGCUGAAGAACGUUACCAACAAUCUCAAGUCUCUAGAGGCUCAGUCGGAUAAGUACUCUGAGAAAGAAGACAAAUACGAGGAGGACAUUAAAGUCCUGAAUGACAGACUUAAGGAGGCGGAAACCCGUGCAGAAUUUGCAGAGAGGUCGGUUGCUAAGCUGGAAAAGACCAUAGACGACUUAGAAGAGAACCUAUCACAAGCAAAAGAGGAAAACCUAGGAAUGCACCAAGUCCUGGACCAAACACUGCAGGAGCUCAGUUCCUUGUAAAAUGCCAAGAAGAACAUCAAGUGAUUAAACAAAAAAAAUAUUUUGUAAAAGAUAUUUUCUACAUGCCAUCCAUUCCCUGUAACUUCACUAUAAACACAUGUACCCCUUUUUAUAUAUUUAUGGUUGUUUUGUUUCUUUUCCUUUUUUUAAAAAAAAAAAAACAAUGGUUUUGGGUCCAUAUAUAUUCAGUUUCGGUGCUAGAAUUGUUUUUUUUUUUUUUUUUGUUUUUUAGACCAAAUCUUGUAGCACUAAUAAAACUGAUGUCGACAAUUAAAAAGCAUUAUUUUGUAAAAGA